AUGACCAGUGCGGGCACUAUCGGCCUGGCACUGAAUAACGUUCUCGGAUUCAACCAAGCUCUGGCUGUUUUGAUUGACAGCUGGACACAAUUAGAGACCUCGCUGGGAGCGAUUGCGAGAUUGAAGAAUUUGGAGCAGACUGUCAAACCUGAGUAUCAGGAAGGGGAAGAUACUAUUCCCCCGGACACAUGGCCGGAGCAUGGUGCUAUUGAACUGAAGGAUAUUUCGGCUUCUUACGGCCCCUCCAUCCCAGCUCUGAAGAAGAUCUCCAUGUCUAUACUGCCUGGCCAGAAAGUUGGCAUCUGUGGGCGGACCGGAAGCGGCAAGAGCUCACUUCUGCUAUCCUUACUCCGUCUAUUAGACCUUGACAGUGGAAGUAUCGCGAUUGACGGAUACGACCUACAAACCCUGCCACGGGAGCUAAUCCGCAGCCGUCUCGUCGCCAUCCCGCAAGAGCCAUUCUUCCUGAGCGAAUCCGUUCGGAUUAACGUCAACCCCAGUAACAAGUUAUCCGACGAAGCCAUUAUCAACGCUCUCAAGAAAACAAAGGUUUGGGACGCUAUCGAGAAGCGGGGUGGAUUGGACGCACAGAUCAAAGAGCAACCCCUGUCGCAAGGAGAGCAACAGCUGUUCUGUCUGGCUCGCACGAUGCUACGCUCAGGGACGAUUCUAAUCCUCGACGAAGCAACAAGCAAUGUCGACGCCGAGACGGAUCAGGUCAUGCAAGGGAUCAUUCGGGAUGAGUUCCAGGACUACACGGUGCUUACCGUUGCUCAUCGGUUGGAUACGAUUAUGGAUUCGGACGUGGUUGCGGUGUUGGACCGGGGGAGGUUGGCUGAGUAUGGGCCUCCUCGGGAUUUGCUGGCUCGGCCGUCUAUGUUUGCGGACCUGGUGGGUAGGUCCAGUGUUGAGAGUACGGUCACUACCCCGUCGGUCUGA